AUGAAACAAAGAGGAUGGGAGUCAUGGCGACAGCGGCCACAUUUGUUCGGCGUUCUGGUUUUGCUUUUGUUUUUCGGAGCAGCCUCGGCACAGCUGAGAUACUCCAUAUCUGAAGAGCUCAAAGAGGGAAGUUUUGUUGGCAAUAUAGCUAAGGAUUUGGGAAUAGACCUGAAUAUAAUGAAGCAGAGGGGAUUUCGUAUCAUGUCUGGCUCGACUGAACCUCUUUUCAAGGUAAAUGAGAAUGACGGGGUCCUUUAUGCGAUACAUAAAAUUGACCGAGAGGAAGUAUGUAAGGAGAGCAGUGUAUGUUUAAUUAACCUUAAAACUGUUCUUGAAAACCCACUAGAAGUACAUUAUGUCACCGUAGAGAUAACAGAUUUGAACGACCACUCUCCCGCAUUUCCAGAGAAAACAAAAAGGCUUCAAAUUUUCGAGUCUGCGUUACCGGGGGCAAAAUAUCAGUUACAAAAUGCCCACGACCCUGACGGUGGCACAAACUCUGUUCAACAGUAUAAAAUCAGUCAGAAUGACCAUUUCCGUCUAGAGGUUAAAGAUCGAGGAAGAGAUGGGAAAACUCCAAUUUUACAGUUACAGAGGCAGCUGGACAGAGAGGCCAAACGUAGCCAUAAAUUGGUGCUGACAGCUACUGAUGGUGGAAACCCCCCAAAGACAGGCACGAUUGAAAUAUACAUAGAUGUUUUAGAUGUCAAUGACAAUAUGCCAGUGUUCACCAAAGAUACAUAUGCAGCCGUUCUACAAGAGAACGCCCUAGUCGGCACGACAGUCACUCAAGUUAACGCAACCGACUUAGACGACGGUCCUAAUGGAGAAGUUGUUUAUUCAUUUGGAAGUGAUGUAAAAAGUAAAAUUCGAGAGCUGUUUGAUAUUGACUCUGUUACUGGAGAGAUAAUUGUGAAAGGUCGUGUGGACUUUGAGGAACAAGACAGCUAUGACAUAGAUAUACAGGCUUCUGAUAAGGGAAUCAUUCCGUUCAGAACAGAUAAAAGUGUAAUCAUUAAAAUUGCAGAUAUAAAUGACAACGCGCCCGUGAUAGAAGUGGCAUCACUGUCAAGUGCAGUUUCAGAGGACUCUAGACCUGGAACAACUGUAGCGCUUAUCAGCAUUACUGAUCUGGACUCUGGCAUGAACGGCAAAAUAAUAAGCUACGUCGCCGAAGACAGUCCUUUUACAUUAACGCCAUCAAUACAAGAUAACAUGUUUGCUGUUGUCACUAAGUCACAGCUUGACAGGGAACAACAAUCAAGAUAUAAUAUUACAAUAAUCGCCAAAGACGCAGGCGAGCCAGCCUUAACAUCCGAAAAGACUAUUAGCGUUUUUGUGUCAGAUACAAAUGAUAACUGUCCGGAGUUUUCAUUGAGUCCCUAUACUUUCUACAUUACCGAAAAUAAUCCCCCAGGAGCCUCUGUGUUUUCCGUGAGCGCGUCUGAUCGUGAUGAGGGAGAUAAUGCGCUUAUUUCGUAUCACAUUCUGAGGAACGCAGGUUAUGAAAAUAAAGUGACGUCAUUUCUUAACAUUAACUCUGAUAAUGGAGAUAUUUUGGCGCUAAAAAGUUUUGACUUUGAAACUCUGAAAACGUUCCAGUUCCAAAUUGUCGCCACAGAUUCUGGAACUCUGUCACUAAGCAGCAACGUCACAGUGAACGUGUUCAUUCUGGAUCAGAACGACAACGCUCCAGUCAUCCUGUAUCCAGUCAGCUCUAACAGUUCUGCUGAAGGUGUGGAGGAGAUUCCCCGCAAUGUGAACGCAGGACACUUGGUGACUAAAGUCAGAGCCUAUGACGCUGAUAUAGGAUAUAACGGCUGGUUACUCUUUUCACUGCAGCAAGUUACUGACCACAGUCUCUUUGGUUUGGACCGCUACACAGGACAGAUCAGAACACUUCGCUCAUUCACAGAGACAGACGAAGCUGAGCAUAAACUGGUCAUACUGGUCAAAGACAAUGGGAACGUUUCACUCUCAGCAACAGCUACUGUGAUUGUCAAACUUGUGGAGCCCAAAGAAGCUUUUGCAGCUUCUGAUAUCAAAAGUUCUGCAAAAGCUGACGAGGAAGACAAUGUUACAUUUUACCUGAUGAUAACUUUGGGCUCAGUUUCUGUACUUUUUCUCAUCAGUAUCAUUGUGCUGAUUGCAAUGCAGUGUUCAAAAUCCACAGACUAUACUUCUAAGUAUCUACAAGAUACAAAUUAUGAUGGGACACUGUGUCACAGCAUCCAGUACAGAUCUGGAGACAAACGCUACAUGUUAGUUGGACCCAGAAUGAGUAUAGGAUCUACUAUAGUCCCAGGCAGCCAUGCCAAUACUCUGGUGCUUCCUGACAGGAGGAGAGCAUCUGGAGAGGUAAGACUUUAA